AUGUGUGAAGCUGUCUCUGGAAACUUGCCUGGCAUCCGGGAUAAAUACCACGCCCUGCUCUCUAAACAGACUGUCAACAGGGAAUCCAUCGUCUGGAAAGACCAACAGGUCAGGAUGCGCCUGUUCUGCACGAUGCAGCAUCAGCUUACGGGGCCUAACGUUGGCUGCCCAGUGCGCUGUGUGCCCAUGAGCGAGCUUGUGCCAGGGCACCGAGUGAGCAGCCUUGUAGCUUUGCGCAGGUCAUUGCUUCUGGAUGAGGACGAGGCCCGGGGCUUUGUUUUGGCUGUCACACAAGUGAAUGCAUCCAUAGUUUGCUGUGUUUGGAGCUGGGGCUUGAGUGCAGCAGUCUGCAGGAGAGAAGUCCUCAAGUGUUUGCUGUUGACUGUUCUGCAAAUACUUUGUCAAGUCCACUUCAGGGUCUGCCACCGAGCACAAUGGAGAGCCCCCCGUGCUCCUGUGAGAUGCCCCUUCCACCCCACCAGCUCAGCAUUCACGAGUUGUGCCUGGGACCUCAAGGAAACUUAUCCAAAGGAUGAAAUCCUGGUUGCAGUCAAAUCCAUGCAAGUUUUGACUUUGUCUUCUAUGAGGCCAAGAUUUCAGGAUGCUGAUUCUACACAAGAGGCCUCCAUUUGGACAAUUCUUGAUUUAUGAAUUAACAGAUCCCCAAAUACAUGGAAUUCAGUUCUCUUCCGCUUCUUCCAGAAGACCAUCAUCCUUUGAGUGUUGCUGCAGGAAAGUUCAUGUGUACACACAUACCAACACUGAAUAUUUGCAAGGUUAUGGCAAGGUGCUCCCUGCCCACCUGGGAGCAGUCGGGGACACAACUCCGUGGUGCCACCCCUGCUGCUGCCAAGCAGUCAGGGGGUGCCUCACCAUGGUGGCAUGGGGCUCACUGGGCUUCUUCACCCUGCUCUGCCAGGUCCUGCCCUUAAAAUGAGAAAAUCUGCAUUUUUCUGCGCUAAACAGAAAACUAGGCUCCCUGGUGAACUGUAAUGUUCCUUUAAAGCCAGGAUGCUUGGAAUCAUGUUUGUAUGGGAGAACACCCUUCCUGGUUGUUGUGGGUCAUAUUGUCAGCUUUUCUUAACAUGUACCCUAUCAGCUGAAAAAAACUGGAGGCCAAUGAAAAAAAAAAAACACAAAAACAAGUAAUUUGUAAACCUUAUGAGUUUGAACCAUCCAUGCUGGCAAUGCUGCAAACAUCUCUAUGCAUGGAAGUCAGCUCAGGGUCAGGCCCAAUGUCGCAGAGAAUAGUGAGACACUCUUAGCACAAACCAUUUCAAGAAAGUAAUUCCCAAUUUUAGUAGCAAACUCUUACUCCACUAUUAGAAUGGUGAUGUAAUGCCUGCUUGCAAACGCAUUUGAUCCCCUGAUUCAUGCCUGAGGAAAUGUCUGGAAAAAAGAAAAA